CGGAAGAUGCCUUCCAGUUCAACCUGGAAGAUCAACAAAGCACCCCGAUGCGCUGGUGGCGACGGAACGGGCAGCCAUAGUUGAAAUCCUUCAUGUAUUUAUAGCGCAACUGGUUGUGUUUCGAGUUGAACCAUGUGCCGACUUCAGUGACAGAAACUUCCGGAUGGCUCUAACGUUACAGGUCGCAGGCGGUCAGCGGGCGUCAUCGUUUGCUGUUGUUGUGACGGGCACAAACCGGGUGGAAGCGACCAAUGAGUCGGCAGCUGGUUAAUUUUACCCAACGAACCUAUAUAUAAGUAUAACGGCCCUGGCAACAAACGAACAAAAAUCUGCACAAGAGACCUGGUCGCUUUUUUAUUCGUAGUCAUCGGAGGUUUGCGAGGUUAACGAUGGCGGUUCCAGUAGCCGCAUUACAAGUGAACGCAUCGUCCGGCCCGAGUCUGCUGGAGCACACCAUCCACAUGAGCAUUCCAGGUGACAACGAAAACAACACCCUGCCUUUGCAUUCUCCCUGGACCUUCUGGCUUGAUAGAUCUCUACCAGGAGCAACAGCAGCUGAGUGUGAGUCAAACCUGAAGAAAAUCUACACCGUGGACACCGUCCAGAACUUUUGGAGAGUUUACAACAACAUACCCGGCGUCUCCAGCUUGCCAUUGAGAUGCAGCUAUCAUCUGAUGAGAGGAGAAAGAAAACCACUCUGGGAAGAAGAUAGCAAUGCUAAAGGUGGUGUUUGGAAGAUGAAAGUACCCAAAGAAUGCACAUCUGCCGUAUGGAAGGAGUUGCUAUUGGCCACCAUUGGAGAGCAGUUCAGUGACUUUUGUGCCUCAGAUGACGAAGUCGUCGGCGUCAGCGUCAGCGUGAGGGAGAGAGAAGACGUGUUUCAGGUCUGGAACGGAAACGCUUCUUGUGCCACCGAGUCAAACGUCUUGGGGCGGAUCAACGAGCUCCUCCCACAAACGCCGUUCAAAGCGGUGUUUUACAAACCACACGAGGAGCAUCACGCCUUCGAGGGAGGUCGACGGCAUUAGCGCAUUUUUGCACGGCGGGACGCUCUUGUUACAUGUUUUAUCGGCGCUGAACAUGUUCAACAAUAUUUGGUGACGUUUUGAGUUCGUAGUUACUCACUACGUUAUCUUUGUUACCUCAAAAUGUGGCCUGUUAUCAUUUUCAAACGAUGGAGUUUACCAUCUUGAGAGCACUGCUAUAGUUCAUUUAUAAUAAUCAAAAGUUUUAGUCUACUGCGAAAACAUUUCAGUUUGUGGCAGUGUUUGUAUGUUUUUUUAUACUUCAACGUUUUUUCCUCAACCAAAACAACCGAUCGUGUACAUGUAGAUGCUAGCUUUUUUUUAGAUGUAUUAUAGCAUGUGGUACCAUUUCCUGAGCACAGACACAUCCAUGUCUUUUGAUUAAAUCUCAUUUUGGGAUCAAAGAGGAAGGUUAGUUCUAAAUAACAGGCCGUUACCAUAACAAUACAAUACAAGGCUUUUCUAGUGGGCUGUCUUCUAUGUUGUGUUACAGCCAAAAUGUUGUUGCUUAAAAAAAUAUUUUAGUAUGCUGUAAUGAUUAUAUAUGAGACUUGCACUUUUUUUUAAAAUACUUAGCGGAUUGUGACAGGAAAGAAUAUUUCCAGCACACAAAUCAACAAGAGUAAAUGCUGAGAAAUAUAUGCAAUCAUUUCUAUUCGGUAGAAUUUGCAGUGUUGUCAUUUUUUUUCCAAGUAUCUACCCCAAAUCAAGCACGUGUGUGUGUGUGUGUGUGUGUGUGUGUGUGUGUGUGUGUGUGUGUGUGUGUGUGUGUGUGUGUGUGUGUGUGUGUGUGUGUGUGUGUGUGUGUGUGUGUGUGUGUGUGUGUGUGUGUGUGUGUGUGUGUGUGUGUGUGUGUGUGUGUGUGUGUGUGUGUGUGUGUGUGUGAGUGUGUGAGAGAGUGAGAAACUGUGAUAACAGAGACCAAAUCCCCUUUGGUUUCGUGUCGCCUUUUCCGGUGAAGUGAAAAGCUGUUUGUUUCUCUUUUUCUGGCAGUGAUCUGAGAUGUGUAAGUGACAAAUUGUAUGUGAUAUGUUUUUUUUAAUGCAUUCAUCUGAUCUGUGUUAAAAUAGAAUUAUGGAAGCCUGCCCUUUUCUCGGAUCGGUCCCUGUAAAUAAUGAACAAACACGUAUGUAAAUCUGUCCUGGAGAGAGUUUCCAGAAACGGGGGGGAGGCGAUGUGGUUUUCUGAAUGUCACUUUCCUUGAGGAAUUGCUCGGGGGCCUUUCUCAGUGGAUUUCUUUACAGAUCGGGGGUUGUGAUGCAACCAUUGAAGCAGGGUCAAAUUGGAAACAACUUAAUCUGAAAUCUGGUUUACUAUUGCUGCGCCAGAGAAUUUUUAAAUUUAGAAAGUUGAACCACUUUACAUCAGAGGCAUGUUACCCCUUUGUUUGUGUUUGACAGGGUGUAGCAGACAGACUAUUAUGUAAGAGCCGAGCCGAGCAGUUGAGGUCAUUCGUAUUUAGCUAAGGGGUCUGCAUCGAAACCCACAGAAAGAAUACUGCUGUAAUUCUUCGAUCAAAUCCAAUGUUCACGUGUUUAUGAUGCUGUUGUCGUUGCUUUGAUUCACCACUCACGAAUAUUCACAAGGGGGAUGUCAGACCACUGAUUUUCCCUUUUAUUCUGCUGUAGUCAUGCAAUAUGAGCAAAUACUGUAGGAUAAGGGAGUACUGUACCCUUGUUUAGCAGUCACUUCAGAUCUCAGACUUUGUCACUGAAUGUUGAUCUUGGAUGGUGCCUUGCGUUUAUCAGCAGUUUAGAAUGUUGCCUGUAUUCAGCAUGUUGAAACUGUAUAAAGUCAUGUCUCUGUUAGUCUUACACGUGUUUUGAAAAAUAAAGAUGGCUAAACCGA